GGUUUCCAAAAAGGUGGUGCGCGGGGGCGGGGGAGGUUUGGGAUGAAAGGGUAAAAUAGUCUCAUCAAUUUUCUGGCCAAAAUACCAGUGUACGUAAAGUUUCACAACUCGCCAGGGUUUCAAAAUUCACUCCCCAUCCGUCGUAGAGAUCGGAAAACUCUGUUUUCUCCGAUCGAGCAACUUCCCGGCAAUCAAUUCACCGGAAACGGCAGCUGAAUCAAUCGUCUCUUCGACAGUACAUUGCAGAAUAUCCAUACACUUAUACUACUGGGUAGGUUAAUUGCAAGGAGCAAGGGCGAAAUGGAUUUGGACCAGUGGAUAGCCAAGGUUAAAGAGGGGCAACAUCUGGCGGAGGACGAGCUUCAGCUCCUCUGUGAAUACGUUAAGGAUCUCCUGAUCGAGGAGUCAAAUGUGCAACCUGUUAAUAGUCCAGUUACUGUUUGUGGGGAUAUACACGGCCAAUUUCAUGAUCUAAUGAAACUUUUCCACACUGGUGGUCAUGUGCCAGAGACAAAUUACAUCUUUAUGGGAGAUUUUGUUGAUCGUGGAUACAAUAGUCUCGAAGUUUUCACAAUUUUGUUGCUCCUUAAAGCAAGAUAUCCUGCCAACAUUACUCUUUUACGCGGGAAUCAUGAGAGCAGGCAGCUAACUCAGGUCUAUGGAUUCUAUGAUGAAUGCCAAAGGAAGUAUGGAAAUGCGAAUGCUUGGCGGUAUUGCACUGACGUAUUUGACUACCUCACUCUCUCGGCAAUUAUAGAUGGAACCGUACUAUGUGUCCAUGGUGGCCUUUCUCCGGAUGUCAGGACUAUUGAUCAGAUCAGGGUGAUUGAACGUAAUUGUGAAAUUCCCCAUGAAGGGCCUUUUUGCGAUCUUAUGUGGAGUGACCCUGAAGAUAUUGAAACAUGGGCAGUAAGUCCUCGAGGAGCAGGUUGGCUGUUUGGAUCCAGGGUUACCACUGAGUUUAAUCAUAUCAAUAAGUUGGAUUUAGUUUGCCGGGCUCACCAACUUGUCCAGGAAGGUCUGAAGUACAUGUUCCAGGACAAAGGACUCGUAACUGUCUGGUCUGCUCCCAACUACUGUUAUCGCUGUGGAAAUGUUGCUUCAAUACUGAGCUUCAAUGAGAAUAUGGAGAGAGAGGUGAAGUUCUUCACUGAAACUGAAGAAAACAACCAGAUGCGAGGACCCAGGACAGGAGUACCUUAUUUCUUAUGAGUGCGUACUUGCCUUCUUGAUUGAUAUUAUUUCUACUCUGUGCUGGUCCUUAUUAGAGGGAAAUUGAAGCGGAAACUAUCAACUUGGUGGGUAGCAGAUUGCUAUGCAGCUUGCUGCUAUCACAAGAUGGCGAUGCUGAUCCUGCUUUCGAAUAGUUUGUGCAAUGUAUUCACACUGGUCUUUAAUAUUGUUCCCAUCUGUUCCAUAAUUAUUCUUACCUGUGUUAUAUUUUUAACUCUACCUCAAAUCAGAUUACGAGAUCUUAGAUUUCUUCUUGCAAUGGUAGAAUACACUUUUCUUGUUCUUGAAAAA